UCACAAUAAAUGGAUACGGCGAGAAACACUUCUGCUCAACUCGGCUCGUAACGUUCAUUUCCUCACAUUGCAAUGAAAUGAGGGGAGCAUGGGGGCCAAAGAGUCGAGGAUAGGAUUCCUGUCGUAUGACGAAGCCGUCAAGAGAGUCACUGAUGUGGAACUGAAACGGCUGAAGGAUGCCUUCAAGAGGACCAGCGGCCUCUCCUAUUACAUGACCCAGCAGUGCUUCUACAGGGAGGUGCUGGGCGAUGGAGUUCCCCCUAAAGUGGCAGAGGUUAUUUACACCUCGUUUGGAGGCUCGUCUAAAGGGCUGCACUUCAACAAUCUGAUCGUGGGUCUGGUGCUUCUGACGCGAGGGCGCGAUGAGGAAAAGGCCAAAUACCUCUUCAGCCUGUUUGCCAGUGAUCUGGGUGGAUACGCUGCCAGGGAAGAUAUCGAGGCGGUUCUGCAGGUCCUGGAUGGAGAAGUUCCGACCUCCCUCAAGAAGUGCUUCAGUGAGGGCGACAAGGUGAACUAUGAGCGCUUCAGGAACUGGCUUCUGCAGAACAAGGAGGCCUUCACUUUGUCCCGGUGGCUUCUGUCUGGAGGAGUGUGUGUCACGCUCACCGAUGACAGCGACACGCCCACUUUCUACCAGACGCUGGCCGGCGUCACGCACUUGGAGGAGUCUGACAUCAUAGACUUGGAGAAACGCUAUUGGCUGCUGAAGGCCCAGUCCAGAACCGGACGCUUUGACCUGGAAACCUUCGUCCCGCUGGUGUCUCCUCCCAUCCACGCCUCACUGAGCGAAGGCUUGUUUCACGCCUUUGACGAGAAUCGGGACAAUCACAUCGACUUUAAAGAGAUCUCUUGUGGACUGUCUGCGUGCUGCCGGGGGCCCGUCGCCGAGAGGCAGAAAUUUUGCUUCAAAGUGUUCGAUGUGGACCGUGAUGGCGUUCUGUCCCGAGAUGAACUCCACGAGAUGGUCGUGGCCUUGCUGGAGGUGUGGAAGGACAAUCGCACGGACACACUCCCCGAGCUGCUCUGCAGCGUGUCGGACAUAGUGGAGGACAUCCUGAAGAUGCACGACACGACCAAGCUGGGUCACCUGACCCUGGAGGACUACCAGAUAUGGAGUGUGAAGAGCGCUCUGGCCAACGAGUUUCUCAACCUGCUUUUCCAGGUGUGUCACAUCGUCCUGGGCCUCAGACCUGCUACACCUGAGGAGGAGGGACAGAUCAUCAGGGGGUGGUUAGAGAGGGAGAGCAGACAUGGGCUGCAGCAGGGUCAGAACUGGUUCCUCAUCUCGAUGCUGUGGUGGCAGCAGUGGAAGGACUACGUCAAAUACGAGCAUAAGGGCAUCGUGGUGGAGCAGCCGUCCAUCAUGACCUCGCUGCGGAGUCCCAUGGCCACGGCCACGAUCGAGCCCGCCCCGCCCGACAGACUGGGAGGACUGGGAGGACUGGGAACCUUCAGCCCCGUCAGCCCCACGGAGGAGAGGUCACCUGACGCUGUGUCCAGUGCGUCAGAGGCCACAGAGACGGCCCUGAGCCCCCAGGUCGCCCCCUCUGCCACAGAGAGCUGCUUCGCCCGUCAACACAACAUGUCCGACAACAACAACCAGUGUUUCUCUGGAGCCAACGGACACCUCCCCUCCCAGCUGGCAGCACAGAGACCUGGAGCCAUCGACAACCAGCCGCUGGUCAACACCGACGCCAUGAAGGCCCCCACGCUGACCAUGGAGGGCGGCAGGUUGAGGCGCUCCCUGCAGCUGGUGCCGGGCCGAGACUUUGAGACGGUGCCAGAGCCGGUGUGGCGGGCGCUCUACCACUGGUACGGUGCCAACCUGAGCCUGCCGCGGCCGGUGAUCCUGGAGAGCAAGACGGGCCAAGCCGAGCUGGAGCUCUUCCCCCGCUACGUCCUCUUCCUCCGCCAGCAGCCGGCCACUCGCUCCCCACAGUCCAACAUCUGGGUCAAUAUGGGUAACGUGCCGUCCCCCAACGCUCCUCUGAAGAGGGUGCUGGCGUACACGGGCUGCUUCAGCCGCAUGGCCACCAUCAAGGACAUCCACCUGUACCUGUCCCAGAGGCUCCGCAUCAAGGAGGAGGACAUGAGGCUGUGGCUCUACAACAGUGAGAACUACCUCACCCUCCUGGACGAUGAAGACCACACUCUGGAGAGUCUGAAGAUCCAGGACGAGCAGCAGCUGGUCAUUGAAGUCCGGAACAAAGACAUGAGCUGGCCCGAGGAGAUGUCCUUCAUCGCCAACAGCAGCAAGAUGGACAGACACAAAGUUCCUACGGAGAAAGGAGCCACUGGUCUCAGUAACCUUGGCAACACCUGCUUCAUGAACUCCAGUAUCCAGUGUGUGAGCAACACCAAGCCGCUCACAGACUACUUCAUCUCAGGGAGACACCUCUACGAGCUCAACAGAACCAACCCCAUCGGGAUGCGAGGUCACAUGGCCAAGUGUUACGGCGACCUGGUGAUGGAGCUGUGGAGCGGCACGCAGAAGAACGUGGCGCCGCUCAAACUCAGAUGGACGAUAGCGAAGUACGCCCCGCGCUUCAACGGCUUCCAGCAGCAGGACUCCCAGGAGCUGCUCGCCUUCCUGCUGGACGGUCUGCACGAAGAUCUGAACCGAGUCCACGAGAAACCCUAUGUGGAGCUGAAGGACAGCGACGGCCGGCCGGACUGGGAGGUGGCCUCCGAGGUCAGAGGCGUCGGGAGUAACCACCUGCGCAGGAACCGCUCCAUCGUGGUGGAGCUGUUCCACGGUCAGCUGAAGUCUCAGGUGAAGUGUAAGACCUGCGGCCACAUCAGCGCUCGCUUCGACCCCUUCAACUUCCUGUCUCUGCCGCUGCCCAUGGACAGCUCCAUGCACCUGGAGAUCACAGUCAUUAAACUGGACGGGUCCACGCCCGUGCGCUACGGCCUGAGGCUGAACAUGGACGAGAAGUACACGGGACUGAAGAGGCAGCUGAGUGAGCUGUGCAGUCUGAAGCCGGAGCAGAUCCUCCUGGCCGAGGUCCACACCUCCAACAUCAAGAACUUCCCCCAGGACAACCAGAAGGUGCGUCUGUCCGUUAACGGCUUCCUGUGUGCGUUCGAGGUCCCGGUGCCGGGGUCACCCACCUCUCUGAGCUCCCCCACACUGACAGACGUCACCCCGAUAGCUAACGGACACCUGAGCAACAAGCCCGUCCUGAUCCCUAACGGAGGCCCCAGCAGCCUGGCGCCCUCCACCCCAGAGACGCCCGUCGCCAACGGGGUCACCAACGGACACCUGACCCCGGUGCAGGAGAGCCCCUUCAUCGGUUACAUCAUCGCCAUGCACAGGAAGAUGAUGCGUACGGAGCUCUACUUCCUGUCGUCUCAGAAGAACCGGCCCAGUCUGUUCGGGAUGCCCCUCAUCGUUCCCUGCACGGUCCACACCAGUAAGAAAGACCUGUACGACGCCGUCUGGAUCCAGGUGUCCCGCCUCGCCAGCCCGCUGCCCCCGCAGGAAGCGAGUAACCACGCCCAGGACUGUGAUGACAGUAUGGGAUACCAGUACCCCUUCACUCUGCGGGUGGUGGGGAAGGACGGGAACUCCUGUGCCUGGUGUCCCUGGUACAGGUUCUGUCGAGGCUGUAUGAUAGACUGCUCUGAGGACAGAGCCUCUGUCGGGAACGCUUACAUCGCUGUGGACUGGGACCCCACUGCCCUGCACCUCCGCUACCAGACCUCCCAGGAGAGGAUCGUGGAGGAGCACUGCAGCGUGGAGCAGUCCCGCCGGGCGCAGGCCGAGCCCAUCAGCCUGGACAGCUGUCUGAAGGCCUUCACCAGCGAGGAGGAGCUGGGAGAGGACGAGCUCUACUACUGCUCCAAGUGCAAGACCCACCGGCUCGCCACCAAGAAGCUGGACCUGUGGAGGCUGCCCCCCAUCCUGAUCGUCCACCUGAAGCGCUUCCAGUUCGUCAACGGUCGCUGGAUCAAAUCCCAGAAGAUCGUCAAGUUCCCGCGGGAGAGUUUCGACCCCAGCGCCUUCCUGGCGCCCAGAGACCUGGAGCAGCACUGCCUCCACUCCCGCAGCGAGAGCGAGGACCUGCUGAGGGUCGGAGAGGACAACCUGUCCUCCGUCUCUGCCCCCGCCGGCUUCUGCAACCUCAACAAAGCCUCGCCGGCCUCCAGCAGGAAGUCGGCGCCGUCUCUCAGCCGGACCAGCAGCCCCUCCAGCAGCCCAAAGAGCGGCGGCGGCCGCAAGCCGGGCCGGCUACGCCUGCCUCAGCUGGGCAGCAGACACCGCCUCUCCAACAGCAAGGAGAACCUGGACGUAGCGGCGAACCCUGAGGCCGAGCCGCGGGAGAACGCAUCGCAGACGGACACAGAGGGAAGUGCGGCAGCAGCAGGGGGGGCGGGUCUUCCUGGAUCGGGAGAGGCGAUGACGUCAGAGUCUUGGUGCAGCACGGAGGCGUCCAGCAGCCACUGUGACGUGGUGCUGGUGAACGGAGACAGUAACGGGCUGAGCUCCGACUGCAGCUUGGAGAGCGGCAUGGACCCCGACGGCUCGCUGCUGCAGCACAGAGACAACAUGUGUCUGGACGCCAUCUACAACCUCUAUGCAAUAUCAUGCCAUUCAGGAAUCAUGGGAGGCGGCCACUACGUGACGUACGCCAAAAACCCCAACGACAAGUGGUACUGCUACAACGACAGCAGCUGCAAGGAAGUGCACUCUGAGGAGGUCGACAGUGACUCCGCCUACAUCCUCUUCUACGAGCAGCAGGGCGUCGACUACUCCCAGUUCCUGCCAAAGAUCGACGGCAAAAAGAUGGCCGACACCAGUAGCAUGGACGAAGACUUUGAGUCCGACUACAAGAAAUACUGUGUCCUCCAGUGACCCCGCGUCGUCGU